AUGAAUCCGAAACAACUAUUCUAAGAUAAAUAUUAAUAGAUUAGAGAUUUCUUACUUUCUUCUUCUGAUGAAAGAAAUAAUGAACAGUUGAUAGAUAUAAGAAAUAUUCUAGAAAGUUUCGCCUUUUUCAUUCAAUUUACAAAGUAUAGUGUAUUAAAAAUGCUUUAAGUACAAAAUCAUAAGAGUUUAUAGAGAUGUGUCGAUAUUUAUAAUUAGAAGUUUAUGAAUAUGAGUAAACACUUUUUAAAUAGGGCGAUCCUGCAGAUAAAUUUUACAUUAUUUUAAAAGGAGAAGCCAGAAUAUUGAUAAAAAGUCCUGGUUUGGAUGAAAUUAAAUAAGUUGGUAUUUCAGGGGUUGGAGAUUGCUUUGGUGAAUUAGCAUUGUUAUUUAAUUCUGACAGAAAUGCUACAAUAGUAGUUGGAAAGUAAACUGAAUUAAUGGUUCUUCAUAGAAAUGAUUUCAAUAAAUAUAUGAAAUUUCAUUCUUCUGAACAAGCGAAUCAAGUAAAGAACCUUUUUAUAAAUACAAGGCAUAUAAUCUUUUAAAUGUGAUAGAGCCAUUUCUUUCAUUAAAUUUUCCAGAUAAAAUUAGACUAGCUAGUAAGAUGGAAUAUCGAACAUUUCAAUCUAAUUAUGCAUUCAUAAAUUAAGGAUAGACUUUAAAUAAUUUUUAUGUAGUUGAAACAGGUUCAGUAAAACUUUAUCGUACAAUACCAUUCAAUAUUAAUAAAAAUGGUUUAAUAUAAUUUUAACAUAAAUAUGAUCCUACUAAAUAAAGUAGAAAUCUUAAAAUAGAGAUUGAUGAAAUUGGGCCUGGUAAAUAUAUAGGUGAUUAUGAAUUAUAACAUUACAAACCUAGUCAAUAUACUGCUGUUACAGGAAUGUAAACAACAUGUUUUGUUAUUUCUCUUAUUGAUUUCAAUUUAAUGAGUUAAUUCUAAUUAGCAGAAGUCUGUAGAAAUUCUAAGCCUUAUCCUACAGAUGAUCAUAUCAGAGAAGCCUUUCUUGAUGGUAUUAAAUGGAGAAUUUUUAGAGUAUUUUAUUUACAUCUAUCUUUAUUAUAGAAAUAAAUGGUUUCAAAAUUAUAAUUAGAAUUAAAAACAUGCAGUGAUGUUAGAGAUCCUACAACAUUACCUAAAUUUUAAUAUCAAAAAGAUCUUCGUCAAUUUGCUCUCAAAACACUCUCAUAUGAUAAGUUGAUGGAUUCUUAUUUGAAUUCUAAUUCUGAUCCUCCUUAAUCAUAAGCUGGUAGUUUAGUUUUUAAUGAAUUAAAUAAUAAAAGUCCAUAAAAAAAAGAGAAACCCUUUUUUACGAAUGUGGAUGAAGCCAUUAAAAAAUUAAAAUAAUCUUAAGGAGGCAGUCGUAGUAAAAAAUAAAUUCUUCCUAAAAUAAAUCCUAAAGUUGGCUCAGAUAUUUAUAAUAUAUUAGUAAAGAAAUGA